CACACAUUAUAAAUACACAUGCUUGUGCCGGAAAUUUUUAGUUGGUGUUAACAAGCUUAUCAAAGAGUUUCAAAAUGAAAAUCGUUGUCGCUAUUAUCGGACUAUUUGCGGUCAUCAAUGUAGCAACAUGCUACCUUUCCCCGUCCUACCGCACCUCCGACACCAGCAUGAGUACCUCCAAGUACAUGCAAUACCUGCGAGAACGCAGCCAGAUUGAGCGCCUUCGCACCCAAAUGGAAAGCAUCUGCCCCGGAAAAGACGACGAACUAGACGAAGCCCUAACCAAGCUCAAACAAUGCUCUAACGAAGUCGACGAGAACGCCGAAACGGCUUGCUCCGCUAUCAAAAACCACUUCCUGCGGUGCUCGAAGCCGUUCAUCGAGUUGUUCGAAAGCUGCCUGCCUGAAGAAUCCAGAGAAAUUCCGAGACUGGUGUUCGAGGCGAUCAAUUCCGGGGUGGCUUACGUCUGCAAGGUCGACGGCGAGCACAUCUUCGAAUUCGCCAACACGUGUAUCUUCAAGAAUAAUUAUCGUUCGAUGAGGUGCGAACGCAGAGUGAGGACGAAGUUGCAACAGUUCAAGAAUAAGCCGCCGACUAAGACCGAGAUCUGCGAAUUGGCGCAGUCGAUGAAGCCGUGUCUGCAUAACCAUCUGCAGGAGUCUUGUGGGAAUGGAAUCACCAGGGAGUCGUUCAUGGGGAUGUUUGACGCUGUUACUGCCCCGUGCAACAAUCGUGGGAGUAACCAGAUUGAGUACAACACCGUCAACGAGGUGGUGGAAGCUUUUUAGUAGACGAAGUGGUUUAAAAUUAUGAAUCAAAUAUAAUUUUAACAAUAUGAGUCAUGAGUGAUUUUUUAGCGUAUUUUAACUAUGACUGUGUAAUAUAUUUAAAUAAAUAAAAAUUCAUAGAAUCUC